CACAUGUCCAAAACCAUCGAACAACUAUUGAUCUGUGGACUUUGUGAGCUUCGUCUUACGGUGCCAAAGAUGUUAAACUGUCAGCAUACAUUCUGUCUUGAAUGUUUGGAAGAGAAUCUUCACAGACAAGCCGAUAAGAGCUACAUCGGAUGUGUUACCUGUGGCACUAAGCAACUUCUCAAGGAUCCGGAUCUAACCGCCCUUCCAUCGAACCUGCACAUCGACAACAUGCUGCAGAUGAUGCAGCCAGCACCUUCCUGUCCAUCUUCGCUUGCUCCUCCAACACCAGUCGGGAGCUAUCAGUUGGAGAAUAACGUGGCCCCAACUCUACAGUGCUCCAAGUGUCAAACUGUUUCGGAAACGGCUCUCCACAAAUGUGAUCACUGUAUGUCGAUGCUGUGCGCAAUCUGUUGGCUCGCUCACGUGGAUGAGCUGGGGCGACAAGUCGGCCAGCUCGAGGGUCAGCUAAAGUCGGCCAUCCAAAAAUUGAAUCAUAAAAUGAUCGAAUAUAAGAGCCGCUUUUCCGAGAUCAACGACGAGAUAAUGGUUUGUUUUCGCGACAAAAUACACGCCCUUCAACAGCAACAAGCGAAACUAUUAGACUCAUCGCAAGGAAUACUAAACGAUGCGGUUUGUUCGCACGAACUGGUGAGGGAGAAAAUUGACCAGCUACUGGUAUCGAUUUGCCGGCCGAUUGUGGGAUCAGUUGAUCCAGUCCAGUUGUAUCUGAAGUUGCACAAGGACAUGUCGGUUAUACUGGAGGAGGUUUCGCUGUGGGGACGGGAGCGUGUCAUUUUUAAUCGGGAUACAUUGAAGGUGGAGUCGAUAUAUGACACGCAAACUACACCAACCGUUAAGCAUAGUUCCAGUAUCAAAUCUACGCCCAAGCAUCAGCUGCAUCCGAAUUCAUCUGAGGCUUCGGUAACUCAGUUUUACAAAGGCCACGUGUACAAACCCAGACUACUGUGGAAUCACUGUCAACGACCGACCGGUGUUGGUUUUGCUCCCUGGAACCAUGAAGGGUUGGAGAAGCCACUGCUUUAUGUCGCAGGAUCCGAAUGUCGUAUCAUUUUCGGAAUAGAUAAAACUAAUGGCCACAUCGUGCAGAAGAUAACGAACGAAGACCUUAGCUAUCCACAAGGAAUCACGUUCGAUCCAGACCGGAAGGAACUGUUUGUAACGGACAAGUGGAAGCACUGCAUCUUUGUGUUUUCCCAGGAAGGUCAGCUGCUACGAAAACUAUGUUCCAAGGGUGAUCAGGCUGGUCAACUAAGAUCACCGGAAGGGAUCGCUUUCUGCACGAAUGGAAUCAUUUUCGUGUGCGACACUGGCAACGAUAGAAUACAGUGUCUCAGCAGUACCGACGGUAAGGUCCACUCCCAAUUCGGACGCCUCACAAAGGAUCAGCUCGUUAAGGGAUCGCAGGCGAAGAUAUCCUCCCGGAUGGUUGAUCUGAAGAAUCCUACCGACAUUGCCGUGCAGAAAGACGCCAUACUGGUACUGGACGCUGGCAAUCGUAGGGUGAAGCUGUUCAGCAAGUACGGCGAACAGUUGCAAGAAUUCGGCCAAACCGGUACAAUCAACGGACAGUUCCAGUAUCCGGAGGUGAUCGGGGUCGAUCCGGCCGGAUUCAUCCUUGUGGGUGAUGGAGGUAAUGCAAAGAUACUGGUCUAUCGCCCAAACGGGCAAUUUGUUACCGCGCUCGGUUCACGGGGUGAUUCUGCGGGUAAAUUUAACUGGAUUUCGGGCAUUUGUGUUAGCAAAGAUUGGGAAAUUGUCAUCAGCGAUUACAAAAACCAUGCGGUACAGCUUAUAUUCUAA